UCCUUGGAGCUUUGUCAGAGCCCAGAGAAGCGGUUGGCACCCGUGGAGGGAGAGGCGCACCGCGCUCUUCUUCCCCAGCCUCCCCGCCUCCACGCCUCCGUCCGGCGGCCAUGGACUCCAGGAAAGCAACGUCAGGUGAUCAUAAUCGGCACCGGCCUCUCCCUGAUUGCGUCAGUAAGGGGUUCAAGCCGUCUCGGUCGCUGGCUGCGGUGGCGAAGACAAGGUGUUCGAAGAAAUGCGCCACGGCUUCAGAGGCACCAAGGUCCGGCGAGGCGCAGCACCGGGCGUGGGCGGACCUCCCGUCGGACAUCCUCGGCAUCGUGGUGAGCCGCCUUCCCCUCGUCGAGGACCGCGCCAAGCUGCGCUCCGUCUGCCGCGCGUGGCGCGCCGCGGCGCGCCUCCACCGCCGGCCGCCGCCGCCGCUUCCCCUGCUCGUGCUGUCAGACUUCUCGUUCACCAGCUUCUGCGCGGAAGGGACCCUGACGGGCGUGCGCCUCCGCGUCCCGCUUCCGGAUAGGGAGACGGGGGCGGCCGGCAGCGUCCGCUGCGUCGGCUCGUUUGAGGGGUGGCUCGUGGCCGUGAAGCUCAACAAAGGUCGCUACUUUGGUGACCUCCGGUGCUUCUUGAUGAAUGCUUUCUCCCAGGAUGUCGUCCGGCUCCCACCUCCUUCCGCACCCAUCCACUCCGGCGAUGCCUACAGCAGGUCUCUCCCUGUCAUCAAUGGCUCUGGUGUGGUGAAAUGCGCGUUCAACACGGCACAUUGUGUGAUGUCGUUCAGCAAGGUGGUCCUGUCCUCUUCACCCGACUCAGGUUCCAAGUGUGUUGUCGUUGCCAUUUCGGUGGUCAAGAGUGAAGCUAAGCUUGCUCUCUGGAGAUCUGGAAUGAAGUCGUGGUGCGUAUGUGAUGGUGGCUGCAUCACGGAGUUCAUCGAUAUCAUCUUCUGCCAGGAGAAACUCUACAUGCUCAGUGUCAGCGAAUCUACUGGAAACCUUCUUGCCUUUGAGAUCUCAGAUGAUGAUGAUUGCCUCAUGGUUUCUCGUGUUGAGUGUCGUGAAAUUGAACAGCCUGUGGGCAUGGAUGCCUACUGUGAGAUGUGGAGCAUAGUAGAGUGGCGUGGGAAACUAUUAAUAGUGGUGACAUACUCUUGUGAUGCAGAAUUUUGGCAGCAAAUUACUGACGUUAGAGUAUUUGAGGCAGAUUUGAGCACAAACCCUAUCAGACUUAUUGAGAUAGAGAGCUUGGAUGGUGACUUCAUCUGCCUCAGCACAUGCAGCAGCAAGUCGUUUCGUUCCUGUGACUAUGAUGUAGUUGAAGGUGACCUUAUCUAUUUCAUUGAUGGUUGUAUCUACCCUGAUAGAUUUGUGUACAACAUGAAAGAUGGUACCAUGGCACCAGUUGCAGCAGACAUACCAGAAGACAAAUUUUGGGCACCAAAUGGCAAACUGAUGAAUCCAACAUGGUUAUUUCCUCCUGAAUGAAAUGCUGCAGAUCAACUCUGAUUGCAAUGUGUCUUAAUGUCUGAAGCACACUGAUGUUGAUUGGGGUCAGGUGCCGUAGUGUUUUUACUUCUAAGAAACUGAGACAGUGUGCUGUUUUUCUCUGUCAGACUCCAAGUUAUUGUUUCUAGGAGCAAACGUAAUUUGUUUUCAAGUUCCUAUGUGGAUUUUUAAUGCUUUCACGCAUGUGCUGAGUCUUCAGAUCCAACUAUAUGAACAAUGGUUUUCAGAUUUCUGGGACACUAUUUUUAGAGUCUCUCUUUCCAGGAUACUAUUUAUGUCGAUUUCAAUUUCAAUUCACGGUUGCAGUGUUCUUUGUGUCA